ACACAACGACACUCACGCCCCACACACGCACGCGGAGGCACGGCGUCACAACGCGGACAGGUCGGACCGGUCCUGCCCCCUCUCCUUCCCCGUGUGCUGCGGUGGCGACGUUUGGCUCUCGUCGGAUUUCCCGACUGCUGGAGUUGGUACCAAACUCGCGCAGAGGAUAGAGGAGACAGGGCGAGAGGCAAAUCUCGAGAUGCCGCUCCUGGGAAUCGCGUUCCCCGUCGCGGCGUGUGUCUUGCUGCUCUGGGCGCAAGGGGUGACGCAGACGCUGGGGUUCGGCAUCCUGCCUCUACAUGACUUCAAUUGCUCGCAACUGGGUGUAGAGUGCACUGCGGAGGAAGUGAACGUGCCGCCCACCAGCUGGUUCGAGUCUAUGAACUGGACGCCGAUGCCACCCCAGCGCAUGAAUGUGACGCUGGCCUUGGUGACUGAAUCCACAUGCCCCAUUCCCCAGGCUGUGCUCAACAUUACCUGGCAGGUCGCCACAGACGCGAGCAUCCUGCACCUGGAGGGUGCCGAGGUGUGCGUGCUGCGCCACCAGGGCAGCCACAGCUUGUGCGUGCGCUACGCCUUCAGCCGCUUCAGUAGCCCGCACAACCCCAAUGGACGCCCGUGGGAGUUUUACUUUGACAGAUUUGAGGCUGAACCCAGCAUGCAAUACACGGUGUACAUCUACAGCCUUCCCAUGGCCAUGUCAGGGCAAGAUGACCUCCACAUCUCAGCUGAGGUUUGCAUGCCGGAUUGCAGAAACCAGAAUAUGAUGCUCACCAGUAAUUGUAUAAAAAGAGGAAGUCUAUGGCAGCCAAUGGUCCAAAUGUCCUUAUGUGAAAACAAAUUGGUGGUGAACUUCAACACGUCCAGCAUCUACAGCGAGAAGUACCACGUCAUUGUUCAGCCGGAUCAGGGGUCGCAAUGUGGCAAUCGUCAACGACUUGAACAGCGUAUCAAUGAGACCAAGGAUCAGAGAUCGAUGCUUUCCGACAUUGACAAGGGCCUCCAUGAUUGCCUCAUCUUUAUGGAGACCAAGGUGGAGCGGAAGUCGGUGAUUUUUGACAUUCACAAGGGCCUUCAAGAGUGCAAUCUCUCCAUCGAGAUCAUUCCGUUCUUUGAGGCCUGCAAGAAUGACUGUACGAGGAAACUGGUGAAUGUAACAAAGUGUUGCUCCAGAGGUCCAAAAGAAUUGUCAACUACAUCCCCAUGCCCAGUUCCAUUCGAAGUCAAAGGCAUUAUCCUGACUGGUGUGGCGGUCCUCCUGCUAUGUCUUCUUCUCUUCGUCGUCAUUGUCUGGAGAAAAAAAGUUGCAUUUAUCCCUCCAGAAAAUAUCUGUCCUGGGAUCCAACCUGGUAAACGCCCAGAUGAAGUGCGAUUUCCCUACCAUAAAGUUCUGCUGCUCUACUCCAUGGACCACACUUUGUAUAAGAAUGUCAUCUGCUCUCUCGCCUCGUACCUACAAGGUUUCUGUGGCUUUGAGGUGAUCCUUGACCAGUUAGAGACGAAGAACAUCGCUCAGAUGGGUAACAUGAACUGGCUGCAGGCACGAAAGACUGAGAUGGAAGACCCUGGAAACAUGAUCAUGGUCGUGUGUUCUCGAGGAGUGAUGGUCAAGUGGAGGAGAGCCAUGUGUAAGGAAGGAGAGGCCUCCAGCAGAGAAAACGAUUGCCUUAUUGGUGACAUGUUCACUCCAGCACUUGGCCUCAUUGCCAACGACUUCAAAAACCCCAUUGCUGCCAGAAACAAAUACAUUGUGACUUACUUUGAGGAGUUUAGCAGUGAAGAUGACGUGCCUGAGAUAUUACGCAUGGCGCUGCAAUAUAAGCUUAUGACCAACAUGCGAGAUGUGUACUUCAGGAUCCGCGGGAAGGAGCAAUGCGGGCCAGGGAUUGUCUGCAAAGUCAAUGGCAUCUCCGAGGACGACUAUCACACCAGUACCACAGGGAAACAUCUAUAUGAAGCUAUUAACAAAUUUAAAAUGUUCCAGAAUUCCAAUCCCACUUGGUUUGAUAACCUGGAUGAUAUCCCAUUUGUAUCCAUAGGUCACGUAAGAGAUGAGGUGGAAAGAGAUGGUGCGAUGCAACACUGCUUGCAUGCAAACCUCCCUGAAUUAGGUUGUUAUAAAAGUAAAAUUGAUCUGGCUAUUCCACGAGAUAUCAUGCAGUCUCACCUGGUGAAACCACCCUUACCAGACAACACAAGCGCAUCACCAGCUCUGGCUCAGUCAGAUAGCUUCUCCAGACCAUUUGUUGAUCAGUGGCCGGCAUUCAGAGGGCAUCAGUAUAACUACUCUGCUUGGGAACAGCAGCACAUCCUGGCAUCAAAUGUUCAGAGCUCCCUCGAUGCCAGACCCAGAAGUGAGGGCUAUCACUCUUCAGGUUCAGAAAAUGGCCGCUGUUCGACGCCGCUGACCUUGGACGUGUCGCACGACGGCCGGGCGAUUGAGCCUGCAAAUUUACGAAAUGGCCCUCGAGAGUUUGGCGAGAAUGCCGCCCUUGUCGAUAACACAGGCCGCAAAGUCGGAUGGCCCUUGGUCGACAAUAAGGACAGUGGAAUAGAUGGGUUGAGUGCGGAUGUGGACUCUUGCAAUGCGUCUGGCUCGAUGAUGAAACUCUUGUACGAGUUUCAGCAGUUAAACCUCAGUGAGCAUCUGAAGGACCUGCGGAUACCUGGCGCUACUUCUGUGCCAGGCGCCCAUGUGGGGCCGGCUAUGCCAGACAAAAUUACGCAAGAGACGAUGUUAUAAGUGUGACCGAAAUCGAGAUCAGCGCGCCACUUGAUGUAUUUAUGUUGAACUUCUUUUGCAUGGGACAUAGCCAACCGUGCUCACCGAAGGUGCGGGAUACUGAAUCUACAGUGGCUUAAAGCAACGUGAACAUUGUACACAACACAACAGGACUUCAGUAGAAUGACCUACUAAUUGUUGUUGCUCUGAUCAAGCGGUUGGCAAAUAAGAAAACAUCAAAUGAAGCCAUAUAGAAAUAUAGUGAUCUAGUAGAAAGAUGAACAAUCGUAAUGACAAUGGUCACAGUGAACUCUUUAUCUGAUGGUGGAUAACUGCAACUUUCUAUAUUUUUUACGGACACGGGUGAAGUGAUCUGAAACUAAUGUUAUAUUACAUGUGCUGUGUAAAGUAUGCACACGCGUUAACAGUUGUUUCAGAACACACCUCUCACUUAAGCAUUGCUCUAGUCUGCAAAUAUGUGUAAGCUGCUGCAGGCCCUGGUGUAAUCAAUGAGACGGGGCUUCCUGUAAAACUUGUCCCCCCUCGUGCAUCUUUGUAGCCCCCGGCGAGCCCGAUACAGCUGCACCAUCUGCAAACUCAACAAUCAUGCCACGCUUUCUGCUUCCAUGCCUAUACAAUUGUAAAUACUGUCCACGCGGAAAGCUUAAAUAAUGUAUAAACAUUGUUUAUUCCUACAUAAUCACAAAUGUUUCAGUUAUUAAUUUUUAAAAGUUAUGUAAAUAGAAAUGUUACGUGUAAGUUUGGGAAUUCAAUGGCAGAUGGAUUUAAAAUGUACUUAUCAAGGGACAAUAUAAAAAAUCUCUGCUGAUACAAAAUUAACAAUUAUUAUUUUGAAGGCAUGUUAUGGGUUUUAAAUGUUUCUUGUAUAAUUCUGAAACUGUGAAUAUUUAAGUUAUCGUAGGUGACAACAUAAAUCUGAUUUACAAUAAUUGUGUACAGUCAUAAAAGAAAAUAAUGCAAAUAAAAUUGUGCCACUGUGCUGAGAA